AUGAACGGUACAACCAAUCUGACGGAUGCAUCUGCCAUUGAGAAGAGACUAGAAGAGAUCAAUGAGACACUGUCUUCGAUCAGUGCAAAAGAGGUUCUCUUCAUAAUCACUCUUAGUUUCUUGGCUGUUUUCGCUGCCAUUAAUAUGUGUCUUUUGAUUCUGGAAAGAAGAAAAAAGAGAAAACAGAACUCAGUUCCACAGGCGAUUGUUAUUCAACCGAACAAUGCCAAACAGGACAGUAAAGCAGGAAGAAAUGAUAAAUCAAAGAUGUCUUCAUCUGGAUACGAGAAAGAUGUUUUGCCUUCUAAAUCUAUGAAAAUGAAGGUUUCGAUUUCUCCGAGCAUGUCUACUCUCAAAAAAACUCGUGCUCCCUCCAAAGAAUCGACCACGGAAGACAGUCAAACAUCCAGAACAGAUACUUCCCAAACCGAAAAGAUCACUAAAAAACCACCAGUUCCACCAACAGCCAAUGUGUCACUUCCCCCUCUUGAAAAUGCAGCUUCAGCUGAUGUGACCACUGCAGUUGAACCUGGUGCUCCUAAUCCGUCUUCUUCCAACUCGACAACGGCUCCAGCAACCCCAACUGCUAAUUCUCAAGUUCAAAACGUUGCUCCUGUGGUUCCAGCAGCAGUUUCUUCUCAGAAAUCCGAAAGUUCUCAAUCCCAAGAAUCCGGAAUGACGUCGUUCACCGUGCCUGAGGAUCCGAAUUCAAAUCGCUCGAAGACUCCAAUCACUGCUCCAAAAGAGACAACGGCUCUCAAAGAAAUUGCUCCUGCUACACCAACUGCCACAACUCUUUCCGGAGCUUCUUCUAUUUCAACUGCUCCAUCUGAAGGCGGAAAGACUGGCGAUGUGGUAACAGCAAAAGAUCUUACUUUGGCAAAAUCACCAAUGACUCCAGUGGGUCGUACUCCAGAAGUUACCAUUCCACCUGCAUCUAUUCCUCCAGUCAUCACUACAACUCCACCACCUAAUAGUGAAAAGAAGUUCUUCUUCUCCUUUUCCGGUGCUCAUCCAUUGAAGCGAAUCGAGCAGUUUACUUUCUCACCGAAUCUGAGUCGAUUGUCACGAGAUUCCGACUGUACUCGGAUUGAUGGUGGUCCUUCUGGGUACGGUCCACCACCACCAGAAAAGGAUUACUACAGUAGAUCAACGGUUCCACGAAUGACGUCAUCCGGAAACCAUGGUGAUCGUCUUAAAAAUAGAUAUGAAGCAUGUCGGAGUGGAAUGCAAGAGUUGGAUGCGCUUCGAGCAAAACACACCCUUCUGAUUCAAAAUCUUCGUUCCAGACUUCCAGUCAUUCCUGGUAGUCUAGACGAUGUGCAGGCCAGAGAGAAGAAAACAAGAGAUGGUCUUCUGGAUAGAUUCUCACUUCAAUCAGUGGAUUCUGGCAUCUCAUCUCAAAACACAGUCAGUUCAACACGCAGUUCUACUCCAGAAGACUUCAAAUUGUCUUCAAAUAGGCAUUCAAACAUUUACGAGCAUAGUUCAACUACUAUGAACUACUCAACGUUUCGGAAAAUGUCCCUUGAAUCAACACACAGUAAUGUUUCUAGUUAUUUGAAUAAUAAUAACAACGAAUACACGGAGAAAACGAACUUUGCACCGCCUGUUAUUACUUCAAGAAGUUGUCAUCGAGGAGCCUGGAAGACGUCACCACAAAGAGUUCGACCGAAAAGCAUGUUUGAUUCAACGACUUCAGCAACUGAAUACUUAUUUACCAAACCGCCAAGACAUCCGAUUGAUCUAACCAAAGAGCGUCGAUCCGCGUUCACCGUCAUAAAUCAAUCGUCAAAGCGGCAUUCAAGUAUUGAACCAACAACCGUACCAAACAGUUUGAGCCAAUUGAAUCUUAACGAAGAAUCAAAAUCUCCGCAGAAAGCAGAAGUCAUUCGAUGGAACAAACAAAAAGCAGAUGCCAUGUUCCGUGCCAAUGUUGUCUACUUGUCCACUUCAGAACAACAAUCAAAACCACCUCUUCGUUUCUCUCCAUCCCGUUCUCCACCAGUUCGUAGAGCCCUCCCGAUUGAAAUGACACCGACUCAACACUAUGCACAGCUAUGUAAAAUAAGAUCACCAAAACUCAAUUCGAAAGUGGUUUUCGCUGCCAAACCAAUUGCCGUCAGACCAAGCGUCUCCCCAAUAGUGACUCAACGAUCAACGUGGCUUCAAUCUCAACCACUGUGA